AUGAGUAGUUCGCUGCACAACAAUCUGCGAGAAGUUUUUGGUUGCGAUGCUAUAGAUUCUUGUUUUUGUAAAGAAUUAUUUUUCGAACAAGUCGUAUAUUUCUUACAAACUUCAAACUUAACAUCACAACUCGCUACGCUGGUGGAAGAAUGUAAUCGUUUGGUGAGUAUUUCUACUAUCAAUCUUUAUCAUACUCUUGAUGAUGAUAAUGAUCUUCUGAGGUUACUGUGUUUGUUCAUAAAAUUGAUUGGUAAUUUAAAUGACGAGUUGAAUGCAUAUCUUGGAUCUAUCCUCGACUCAAGAUUGGAGUCAAUAAUGAAUGACAAUAGAAUAAUGAGCGAUGUACAGUGCCUUGUUACAUCGGUGUUAAGUUCAUUGAAAUGUGAAAAUUUAUUACAACCAUUAUGGCAUAGUUAUUUGUGUUUAGAACUUGAGUCAGCUGAAAUGGAUACUGAAGAGUCGAAUAUAUUCUCUUCCAUCAUUUGUCCAAACAUUACAGACAGAAAAAUGCAAAUUUUGUUAUCAGCCCGGAAUUCAACUCAGAAUCAUUCUCUAGUCAGUUGGAAUAAUUUAUAUCGACAUUUAUGUGCACCUUAUAUUAAAGAAGCUCUAUCAUACAGAACAAAGUUAUUGUGUUCUGAAAAUUAUGCCGAACGAUUUCUAGAUUCAAUAAUAAAAUAUAAAAACUGCGUACUGAAAAAAGUUCUCAUACCUAGACUAUUUUCAAGAAAAAGUGAUGUACAUGAUAUCAAUUCUGAGUUAUCGGAUGAAAUUGUAUAUAAGACAUUCUAUUUAGUUCAUAAACCUGAUAUGUUUUCAUUAGUUAUUGAAUACCCAGACUCUGUUGCUGCGCUUAUGGACCUGGGUAAAUGUUUGGAUAAUCUCCCAAUACGUCAAGAUUUGAUUACUCACCUAACCGAAGAAGUUCAACAACGAUUAUUGCAUCCAGGUGUUCAUACUGAACAAAUUUUAGCUGCUUAUAAUUACUUAGUACGGGCUUUACGUUUAAUCGAUAGUACAUUUCUGGUACAAGAUAUAGUUUGCAAACCAGUCUCGGCAUGUCUUCGGCAAAGAGAGGAUGCGGUUCGUUGUAUAGUUGAUAAAUUAAUAUCUGGCCCAGAAACCGAUGGUGAAGACGAUGAAAUUAAAGCUGAAGCAUACACUGAUACAACUACAGAACUUCAUCAAGAAUUAUUAUUACCUAAACCAUUGGAAGUUGAACCAUUGGAUGGUGGUGAAGAUAGUGAUGCUGAUGUUGUCUAUGAAGACCCACCAUUUGACUCCGAUAUACAUUCUGCUAACUCAGAUAAACAUUUUCUUUUGGAAAGUGAUUGGAAACCAGAUCCUAUUGAAGCUUUAUGUCAGCGAGGAUCUUGGCGUCGUAAAUUAGAUCUUUUAAGCAUGUUAGUUAGCAUUUAUGGAAGUAAGAAAGCAUUUUUAGUUGAAUACAAACAAUUAUUGAGUCAACGUUUAUUAAGACAGAGAAGUUUCCAUACGGCAAGAGAAUUACGAAAUUUGGAGCUGUUAAAACUUCGGUUUGGCGAACAGAAUUUACAUGAAUGUGAAGUUAUGCUUAAAGAUAUUCGAGAUUCGAAACGAAUUGCUAAUUUAGUAUCAGAAGCUACGUCAAAUAAUUCAAAAGGAAGGCAUUUAGAUCAAACAGAUAAAUUAUUAAACAGUCCUACUCUUGCUCUUGAUGAUAAUGAAAUCAUGGAAUCUGAUGAAACGCAGUUAAAAGUUGAUUGUUUGGAGAAUAAAGCAACAUCUGUCGUAUGUGUUACUGGCGCUACUACGACUCCCAUUACUACUCCCAGUAAUGAUGAUAAUUUUAUUUUGAGCAGUAAUAGUAAUAAUGCUAAGAAUAUUGCUUUUCCUUUAUCUGCUUACAUUUUAUCUAUUCAUUAUUGGCCAGAAUUGCUUGAUGAUAAAUUUAAAAUACCUGAAGAUUUUCGUCCAGUAUUUGAACACUAUGAACAAUGUUUCCAACGUCUUAAAGGCAAUAGAACACUCAAUUGGAUGCAUAAACUGGGUCUAGUGAAUAUCGAUCUUACACUUGGCAAACGUAGUGUGAAAAUUGAUGUUACACCGUUGCAAGUAUCAAUUGUUCAUCUAUUCACAAAACAACGUACUUGGUAUAUAAGAGAUUUAGCUCAAAAACUAGAAAGUCAAAUCUCCACUAUUCGAACUAGUUUAUAUAUGUUUAUUCAGUUAGGAUUUAUACGACUAUCUGAUUCACACGAUAGUAAUAACCAUAUAAAUUUUACAAGUGAAAAUCUAGAAAUCUAUGAAGUUUGUGAUGAGACAGAUACUACUAAUUCAAAUGAGAAGUUAAGUAAUUCAAAUAGUAUAAAUUAUUUAAAUGAUCCUGAGAAAAUUGAUUCAAACACUAUUGAAGCAACAAAUAAUUGGAUGUUUACAUCACAAGAUCAUUCUGAUUCACUUGUAGCUAGUGUUAGAGAACGUAAAGAAAAAGAAUUACAAGUAUUUUGGUCUUAUAUCACUGCUAUGUUAACAAACCUUGGAAGUUCGUCAUUAGAUCGAAUCCAUUCGAUGCUUAAAAUGUUCGCACUCGGUUCUACAUCCAGUUUAGGAUUUAAUAGAGAUGAACUACGCCGAUUUCUAGAUAAGAAAAUUAGAGAAGGCCAACUAAGUUAUGAUGGUGAAAUGUAUAAAUUAACAAUCCCUGAUGUGUAA